AGACAUAAACAGUCUAGAUUCACAUUAGAAAACAGUCUAGUUAGUUUGCACACACAACCAGAUUAAGCACGAUGUUUAGCGUAUGUAUAGCACCGGUACUGUUGGCCAUCGUGGGUAUAUGUGCGGCGGCCGACACACCCGUACAGCUAGACGUUUACUACGAGAGUCUAUGUCCCGACUGUAUGCAGUUUAUUAAGACUCAAUUAGUGCCUAACUAUAAAAAACUUGCAUCAAUCAUGAAUGUGAACAUGGUGCCAUACGGCUGGGCCAAAUCAACCAAGGUAGCCAAGCCAGAUGGCACCUUUGACCUGACGUUCACCUGUCAACACGGGCCACAGGAGUGCAUUGGCAACGAGAUACAUAACUGUGUUCUAGAGAGCGAGACUAUUGCCCGAUCGCUGGAACUGUUUGGCUGUAUGUAUGCGUCCAAAGACUACACUAAACCGGCCACCGCUGCCAAAGAGUGUACAGCAAAGUUGGGUUUCAACUACACUGCUAUCGACGAGUGCGCGUCCGGACCGUUGGGUCGGGGACUACACCUCAGGAGUGGUGAGCGCUUCCAGGCGUUGACAAACCCGAAACCCAAUUUCGUGGUGUGGGUUGUAGUGAAUGGUGUGCACACUCAGGCCAUUGCCACCCGGGCUGAGUCUGAUCUAGUCGGUCUUAUUUGCGAUACCUAUAAGGGUACUAAACCGGAUGUAUGCAAAAAGGUCGAAUAAAAUCUAUAUAAAUAUGCUAAAUAUAUCAUGUUUUAAACAUUUAUUAGAAAUUUCAUUUAAUAAAUACUAUAAUAUUUAGAAA